AUGUGGCUCGACAGACUGGCUGGAGGCCCGGCCAGCAGUCCCGGACCCUCCACUCCCCAGCCAGGCGGCAGAGUAUACCCAAAGAGAAGUUCGAGCACUCUGAGUCCUUACGUCACGUCUCAGCGUCCUGGGAUCACUCCUCGCGGCUCGUCACUAUCUCUGGCCUCGAACGAUUCUUCCUCGUCACUCCUAUCUUUGUCGCGAAGGCCGAACGGUUCCGGCUUGAGGCAGGCCUCAACGAUUGAAACCGGACCCGACUCCCUCGAAGUGCUGGAGACACUGUUGGCAAGCUUUCCUAAUGAUGACGACCAAACCGAGAAGACAUUUGCAAUAAAACAGGAUGACAUCAGCUUCGAAGCUGAGUUUGGAGGGCUGUCAUUAAAGGAGCUGGCUACGUCGCAACCCCCUGAUGCGGCCACUACCAACAAUCGCAAGCCAAAAUCAGUAGAAGAGAGCGAGAAAGAUAGAACCAAACUCGAAGACCUCCAUAAAUCGAUAGACGCUUGCGACGACGUCCUCAAUUCGGUGGAGAUCAACCUUGCCAACUUCCGCAAUGACCUCGCUAUGGUGUCCGCAGACAUUGAAUCUUUACAAAAUCGUUCAACAGCACUGAACAAGCGAUUGGAGAAUCGAAAACAGGUUGAAAAGGCGCUGGGGCCAUUAGUGGAGGAACUGAGCUUGCCUCCUGAAGUCAUCUCCAAGAUCUCGGAGGGCCAUAUCGACGAAACUUGGGCUAAGAUGCUAGCUGAACUUGAUCGCAGAUCGGCCUCGUUCAAGAAGAAACCGGAAGCCCAAUCUAGUAAUGCGGCAAAAGAUCUGGAACCAAUUCUUGAGAAGCUCACUUUAAAGGCAAUUGAGCGUAUUCGCGACUUCAUCGUGGCUCAAAUCAAAGCACUGCGAUCACCACACAUUAAUGCGCAAAUCAUUCAACAACAAAACUUCCUUCGAUUUAAGGAUCUUUUCACAUUCUUGCAUAAACACCAUGCGACCCUUGCCAAUGAGAUAGCUUUGGCUUACAUGAAUACUAUGCGAUGGUACUACCUGAACCAGUUCUCCCGGUAUGAGAAGGCACUCGGUAAGAUCAAGCUACACAUCCUCGACAAGAACGAUGCUCUCGGAAACGAAGACACAACACGUAAGGCCACUGUCCUUUCCAGCAACCGAGCACCCGGACCUCCUCACGACGCCUUUAGCCUGGGACGGCGCAUAGAUCUUCUGAGGACCAACAAUCAAUCCGCCCUCUCCUCAUACCUUGCUGAAGAAGACCAAACGACUCACUACCUUGAAGUACCCUUCCGUAACUUCAACCUCGCGCUCAUCGACAAUGCCACGGCCGAGUACACUUUCAUGGCUACCUUCUUUUCGCCUGCCUUAUCGUAUGGACAGAUCUCAAAGAAUUUUAACUAUAUUUUCGAGGCUACCUUUGAGCUGGGUAGGAUACUUACUAAGAAUCUUGUUGGGGAAACCUACGAUGCUCUCGGCCUACUACUUUGCAUCCGCCUGAACCAACACUUUGCUUUUGAGCUACAGCGUCGUAAAGUACCCGCCGUGGAUGGCUAUAUAAACGCUACGACCAUGCUUCUGUGGCCCCGUCUCCAAGUGAUCAUGGAUCGCCACUGCGACUCGGUCCGCCACCUGACUAAUUCUGUGCCCUCCAAGCCAAGUCGUGCCGAAGCUGCUAAACUGUCUGCGGCGCCUCACGUCGCAACUCAACGUUUCGGCCAGCUUCUACACGGGCUCCUAGCUCUUAGUACCGAUGCAGGGGAUGACGAGCCAGUUGUAUCCAGCCUGCGCCGAUUGCGCUCUGAAAUAGAGGCAUUUCUUACUCGCCAUGCCGAGCUCUUUGGCGACAAGCGCAAGAGUGGGCGCUUCUUGUACAACAACUACUCGCUUAUUCUUACUAUCAUCAGUGAUGCGAAUGGUAAGCUUGCCGAUGAGCAGCAGGAGCAUUUUGAAAAGUUGAAGACUCAGCAUCAGGAGACAUCAUAA